ACACUGUCUGCUCAGUCCUCUACCUACAUAUAUCCCUAUAAAUAGAGAGAAAGUGCCAGUGGAUGUUCCUCAGUAGCACAAUGAAGUCCAUCCAGAUCAUAUUCGUCGUCUGUUCACUGAUGCUCCUGGCAUCCGUUAACACCGCCAGUGCCGGUGAGGGGAUGGACAUUCAAAAGAUAGGCAAAUGCUUUAACCUGGGCGUCGAAAUAGCGUCAGAGAUGGGCAAGAAGAUUGUGCCCGCCAUCAAGUCGCUGGCAACCUGCGCCCAGUUCACGCCCUUGAAGACAAAGGGUCUGGACUCGCCGGCCUUGCUGAUGCUGGCCUAUCAGUUCCUUCAAAAGGUCGUUCGCAACCAGAACUGCGUGCUGAGCACCAUUCAGGACACUAAAAAUCUGCUUGCUCCGUUUGCCAAAACGAUCAACGAAUUAAAGUGCCUGAACAACUAGGGAUUAUCCCUAGACAUAAGUCUCAAGUAAAUGAAGAAGCGUAUGAAAUCGA